UCUCGAACAAAUCCAUAAUUGUGACUUGAUUCAUUGUGAUAUUCACUCUGGAAAUAUUCUGGCGGGGGUUAACGGAGUAUUGGGAUCAAUUAGAAUAGCAGAUUUAGGUCUUUGUAAAACGGCCACUUCCGAUCAUGCUCGAAACAACAUUUAUGGAGUGCCGCCUUAUGUUGCACCAGAAAUUUUUAGAAACUCCCCUUUCACGAAAGCUUCUGAU